GGAAAAAGUCGAAAGCGGGUGUCUCUGCAAAACAUUCAAAAUUCAAAAAUUCGCCCAAAUAUUGGAUGCUGCAGUAUCAAAUCCCCGUUACGUUACUUGUCUAUAGUUUUACAAUGAAAACUCUGGGUCGCCAUCUUUCGCGAAAAGGGGCCGAGUCAACUUAUGUCGAAGUACUAUUCUUGCUCUUUUGUGUUCUUGUGGCAACUACUCCACAUGCUGUGAGAUCCUUCCAGUUGCUCAACGAGGUUUCCUCUUCGCCAAGGGCGUUUCGGCGUAACAAUGUCGGAGGGGAGGCAUCGAAGAAAACACAAUGGACUAUAGCUAGUAGCGUAAUGAAAAGACCAAGGAAAACCUCGCGAACCCUGCUCUCGGCGCAUUUUUCCUUAACCACUGCUCUGGAGAGUCUGUGGGAGAAAAGAAUCGUAGAGAACCUAUGGAAAAAAGAAAUGAAAGGCAGUCGCGAUGAAGAGGCGGACGAGUAUCGACGUCUUUCGUGGUUGGAUUUGGAAGACUCUGUUUCGAACAAGCAGAAAGCCGACGCAGCCAAUGAGACUCACCAGAGCAAUGAUCCAACAGUUGCGACACUUCCACUCUAUCCCAUUCACGACGUAUAUCUCCCAUCGACCGUGAACCACACAUUGUACAACGUCGAACCCCAAAACAUCCAAAUGGCUUUGAAUCUUCUCUCGAAGAAUGAGACUGCAGCUACGUCGCCGCCAGCACGGUUUUGCGUAGUGCUUCGAGCCAGGGAUACGGGUCGGAUCGCAAGCAUUGCAAACAUCUUGCGAAUUGUAGAGGCCGAGGUGCAAAGGAUUCCCGGACCAAGCGAGACGGAGAAGGAGGAACAAGGCGAGAAUGACGGCGGUGACGAUGACAUCAGCAACAUCUUGCGAAUACGGUUAACCUGCCAAUCGGAUGGACUGGCGGAAAUUCAGAGCAUCGAAAACGGUUCCGGUUGGAAGGAGAAACGCGUUCUUCGGUCCAAGGAAUAUCUUCGGGCCAGUGUGCGCCAGCUGCCAGAAGAAGAUCAGAGCGAUGAUAGCGGCAGCUGGAACGACAGCUACAACGCAAUACGAAAAGAUCUCCAGACGAUCAAGAUCAUCUAUCAGCUUCAACUGGGCGGCGAGGAAUUUCCUCCGGACACCUUGUUGCGGCUGGGAAACGCCAUGCGCGAUUUUCCGGAGCUCGGACAAUACGAUGGGGAUCCGAACCGAGAAGCUCUUUUGUGGGAAAUGGCCCAAGAAUGGCAGUCCGUUUGCAUGACGCUCCGCCAGGGAACCGAGGCCUGGCUGUCUGCGGACCGCAACGAGAAAUUAGUAGCCGCGGCCCGCGCCAAGGGAGGUGGAAUCCUGAAGCUUCCCAUUCACCUCUCGGAACUCGAUCCCGAGGACAGGAAGGACAUCCAGCGAUUGGACGAAGAAGCUCAGGAAAAGCAUAAAGAAUUUGGAAUGGACCCUGUUCUGGACUUUCAGGUAUUGAUCGGGUUGCCGACAACGAACCAACGAUUUAGGUUUCUGGCACAAUUAGUGAAUCGGGAGCGCCGCCGCCUGGAAGAUAUUGCUUCGUCGUAUUCGUCAUGGUCUUGAAAUGCUGUGUUAUCGUCGACAUAACCAAAUGUUGAAUGCACAGCACGGAACUUAGACCAGAGAAUCGAAACACUAGGCUAUAUUCCGGGAGAGAGGAGUACGAUAUGGCAUAGAGAUAUAGAUAGACGUCAUGGGAAUUUCUUCCUUAUAGGGCUAAAA